GGCGAAGCGAAGGUUUUGACGGCCGUAAGCCCUGCGAGUUCUGAGCCUUCUCACCUCUCAAGUACAUGGAUCCUACUUGUACAUGUGAGGUGCUUAGGGAGUCUUUUCGCAGCCGCAGCCCGCAGGUAUACCUACCCAUGCAGUUGAAACCACGAUAAACAGACUCCACGCCCGUCUGCUGCUCACAGUGCUAGUUGGCCGCGAAGCAACAGCAGAAACCAGCCAAACCACCACCUCCAACAGACGACGCUGUUGCUGGAACUCCGUGGCGACGUUGCGACAGACAGCCAGACGAGACCAGACGAUUCGAGACGGCACAAUACCACACGAACGACACGAGACGAGACGAGACGAGACAGACGCGCCUGUCGUACCUUACAUGUAGUCACUACCCACGUAGUGUACUACCAGUAUCCUACCUUACCUACCUACAACAUCCUCUCCCCGCGGCUGCGACAGGCUUGGCCGCCCGAUUCUACCUCCCCUCAACCCGCUGCACAGCCUGGCGCGUGAACCAUGGCGGAGUCAGAAUGGUCGCGGCCAGCAGAACAGAUGGACUCGUUGUCGCUGAGUGCCAGUCUGGACGACUUGGCCAACCUGUUCGAGUUUGGGGACAUUGAGUUGAACAACCUGCCCACGGCCGACGCCUCGCAGUACCAUGACCACGACCACGACCACACGCAGCAUGCGGACACCCAUCCUAGCCCGUCGUUCAACGAACUGGGCGAGGCGCAAGCUAUACCAGGCACAAAUGCGCAUGACUUCGGCGGACAUCAGCAGUUCGCCAUGCCACAGGAUACCCACCAAGGCCACCAUGGCCCGCGCUACGAUUCCUCUGGACCUUUCCCCACCGAUUCUCCCUUCCCGCCUGCAAUGCAGCAGAACUAUCAGCCACCACAUGAGCACUACCAAUUCCAAGGUAUGACGGCAUACCCUAUGAAUCAGCAAAUACCUCCCACUCCAAAUAGCUAUGAAAUGCAUGGAGAGCAAGGGCAUUUUCUACAAUUGCAGUCAGAUUCUCAGCAACGUGCCUUGCUUGAGCAGAGAUACCAGCUUGGGAAGGAGGAUGUGACCGCAUUCACGCCAAUGGUGUCCCCAGCAGGCACGCCGCAGUACAAGGCUCAGCCAGAGUACACAGUGCCCUGUGCCUACUUUUCUCCUCUGACCUCGCCUAUGUUACAUGCACAAAACUCGAAGCACGCUCAGCAUUCACAGCACCAAGGGUAUUAUACAAAUCCGAGCACUGCGCCAAGUUCGAAUGCUGCCUCCCCAUUGGGUCCAUCUGCAGAUGUGGAUAUGCUGGCGGACGAAUUGCUGAUGGAAACAACUGGAAACGACUCUCGAACCAGAAAGUCCACACGAAGGAAAGGCCCGACUCCACGAAAUGCAGAUCCUUUGGCCAGAGUUCAGCAAAGCCCCAUACAAAAGGCAAUCAAGCGCAAAUCUGGCUCUAUGCUCUCGACUCUGGCGCCAUCUCGGGAUGUGGAUGGUAGCUUCGAACUUCAGCAAUCACGAAGUGCACAGCCAACAUCAUCAGGCCCCCAACCGCCGCAAAGCGACCGCUCCGCAAACGGUAGCAUCAGCCCGGAGCCACUCAGUGAGGCUCUCAUGGGUCCUCCGCCUCGGCCAUCGUCUAGCAGGACUCAUUCACCGGCGAUCCGCGGGCAGCAACAGAGCCAAUCCAGUGGACCUUUGGGCAAAGCGGCCACGCCCAAAUCGUUAUUGUCGAUGCCACGUGGUGGUUCCGGUACAUCGGAUUCGAGGUCAACCCAAGAUCUGCAUGAUAUGGAUCUUGAAGAGCUCCAGUUACCAGCUGCAGCAGACGAGAGCGUGCGCAGGCCUUCGCUUUCCCUCAUUAUGACCUCUUCUACGCCAGCGGAGGGAACAGCCCGUCUAUCGGCACGAAAGACUCCUAAAUUAGGUCCUCUGAGUACACCUUCGUCUGCCAAAUUUGUAGCCCCAAGCCCAUCUGUGGUUGGAUCUCCCAUGACAGCAUCCACGCCAGACGGGUCGCUCAAGGAUCGGAAGGAGUCCAAAAGCAUUCGUAGUGCCAAAAAACGAGGCAGUAUCAGUAAUGGCGGCAGCAUACUCUCUCCUGCGCUUCGUCCACGGAUUAGCCCCAGCAUCAAGCCCCUGCUUCCUGAAGGCGCAGCUCUUCAUUCUCCUACUCACGCUCUGCUUCUCGCAUCGAAGUCGAAUUAUCAAAAUCUCCUCGAGGGCAAUCAACUGCCGGGCGUCAACUACCCCGAGUCUCUGUCGACAGGGCUGACAUCGAAACGGACAUCCCACAAGGUUGCGGAACAGGGCCGAAGAAAUCGGAUCAACGAUGCGUUGAAAGAAAUGCAGUCGCUUCUGCCCAAACCAGCGCACGGAAAAGGCAAUGAGCACAUGGAUGGCGAAGGUAGCCCGGAACUAGUUGUUGCAGACUGCAAAGACUCCAAGGAGGAUUCAUUAGCCAAGAGCAACAGCAGCAAAGCUUCUACUGUCGAAUCAGCGAACGAGUACAUUCGGAAACUACAACGAGAGAACGCGGCACUUCUGAUACUGAAGAAAGAGCACGACGAAAUGAAGAAACGACUGGAAGCCAUGUCCCGGUCGGGCUCGAGCGUGGGUAGUACCACUAGUGUCAAAAGUGCGAGCCCGGAGGCUGUAUCAUGAGUGCAUUUCUUUCGAGAGCUUACGGUAGGUAGAUGGGUUGUCCGUGGCGAGUGCAUUGCAUAAAAGCGCGUAUAUUGCUGUCAUUUCUGGGCAUCUGAAGGCGGAAGGGAUUUGAAGCGUUGAGGAGGUCAAUGAUACCAAAGCAUGGCGUCCAGUCUGGUCGAUUGGCACCGUGAGCGAUUUCUUUCUUUUUUUCUUUGAUUUUCUUCUUUUCUUGAAAAGAAUCUUCCCCCUUGGAAUAAAGAGCAUAUAUAGGUACAUGUGAAUACGUGAACUCAAGAAUUAGCCUCAUCGAGACUUAGAGGCAAGAGACUGUCCAAAUUGACGCGCUCAUAAUAGCUGAUGUGUCGAAAACUUUGCCAGUACUGCGCAAGGCGAUUAUGCGAAAUGAGGAUUAGUUGGCUGGGUGUAUAUCGAUCAUCACUGAAUCCGCGUUCCGCUAUGUGACCGGCACUUCGCACCACGCGGCUGCCCUGAAAAGGAUGCUCGUCGGCUACGCGAAUGAGUCCUUCGUUGCCAAUGUCUGGAGCGAUGAAGCUAUAUUUCCCUAGUGGGAUGUUUGUGUCUCCUGUGAGUUUGAUGGCUUCGAGACGACCUGUGGGUCCUUGGUCGAGAUUCUGCACUCGGCGUGACGAAGAAGAAGCAGCGUUCUCGACCUCUGUUUCGUCGUCCGUCGUAGUUGUGUUAGUAAUAUCAGGAGGAGGAGUACCAUUCGUACGCUCCUCCUCUGUGUGUUCUCCGCCAUACACUUGGCUCAUCAUAAAGUCCAUGCCCGCAGGCAGCGGCUUCGCGUCCUCCUGACUUGGUUGCGUGAUCAGAAGAAACUCGCAGCCGUGACCGUUGUAAUCACCACACCAUAUGCCUUGCCAUGGUUUCUCAGCGGAAGCCGUGUAGCUUUCGACGGGAAGGGAGCUAUAUGAUGCAAUGUGCUCGGGUAUUCGUGGUCUCAGCAUGGCAUCACGAGAAGUGCUGCUGUUGCUGCUGCUGUUGUCGUUCAUGAACCAUGGCAGCCCAAUCCCCAAUGCAGCACUGAUUCGGCUUCCUGUGCCGGAGAAGGAGGAGGAGGAGGAGCUGGACGUCCCAUACUCGGCCCAUUUUCUGAUCCGGAAGUUGUUUGAGCUGAUUUCAUGGCGAUUGCUCGGCCGAUGUCCCACUGACCGAAACCCGUCGUGACUUGUAUUCCGAGCUCGACUCGUUGCAGGAAAGAUGGUGGACGGCCAGACUGCAGCUCCCUCGUAAAUGGCGCCGUCGAGCAGAGCACGGCAGAGCAUGAACGAGCUGUGAAGGCCAGAGUUUGUGGCGAUUUCCAUGGGCACCUCUCGAUCAUAUCGCAGCGUCUGCGCGGUGGCCUGGUCCACGCUGGUAUCGGCAUCCAGCUUCAGCACGGGUUGAUUGGUGUCGACGUUGUAGGUCGGAUGGAAGUUCUGGAUGAUGACCUCUCGAUCCUUCUCCCAGAAGCUGAAGUCGCUGCUGCUUCGGGCCGUGACGGCAACGACCUGAUAGGCGGUGAUGCAUCCCAUAGUCGGAAUGUAACGAGCAACGAGGAGUUUGCCACUGGGCGCCGUGUCUGCAAACCAGAUCCGGUGUUGGGUCAGGAACCAGUACGGAAACAAGGAGACAUAGAGGGAACGGAACGACUGCAGCGGCGCUGGUGCGAUGACACGCUCACCAGCACAUGCAUUGACAAUGGGGCCCCAUAUGAUAUCGUCAUAGCUACUCGAGGCCAAUUCACGGCAUGUUUUGGCGCAAGCGGCCAGGUCGAAAGGCUCCAGCAAAGAUAAAAUCGCCUGAAGAAGCUCCGUGGGCAGACUCAACAAGGACGUUUCCCGUGUUAUGGAAGCCAUUAUUGUAGGUAUAUCUUAGGUAUAGGAAGGUUACUAUUGAUGGCAGAUGCUGUCAGACAUCAAAUUGCCCCAGUGGCGUUGUACGGUUGUAGUUAUCCCUAGGUAAGGUACGGUAAGGUACUUGGUAGGUAUUGGACGUUGCUGGAAAGGAGCCGAAAGAGGAUCGAUG